AUGGCACCUACCAAGGAAUCAACAUCGGUGCCGCUGGCCGACUACUUCUUCAUAUCCGGCAUAGAGUCGACGCAGAUCUACGACGAACGCGAACAUGCUGCCGCUUCUCCGCCGCCGGUCGACGAGACGAUUGAGGAGGACAUUGCCCUCGAAACAGACAGUAUCACAUCACCGAGACCCUCGACACCAAGCUCACCAAAAAGGGGAUCAACUCGCUACAGCUGGGAAGCGCGCAAGAGCAUUAGCAGUGUUAUUGGUCCUGGCGAAUUCAAGCCAACGCCUAGCAACCGUAGCAGUGCGACAAUCAAGGGACCACAAACAGAAACACCCGCUCUCAGCGACGAAGACUUUGAGAUUGCACUUCGCAAGUUUGCCUCGGAGAGGGAGAACUUCCUCGAGGAGAUCCAAGUACAGGCAGGAGCAGUUGUACCGCAAACAAGCAGAACACCAAAACCCAGACCGAGAACAGUGCGUAUCACAAGCUCUGAAGAUGCAGCAAAUGCGGCGGCACAGAAGGGCGGUAUUGGAGGACUGAGGAGGCGCUUGUCGACCAUGAACAGCAUGAAGCGACAGCCCUCGGUCUCAGUAUCCAGGCAACGUGAGUACUUCAACAUUUCGACAGGCCACCCGGCUGACCGGACUUCGCUAGCUUCUACACGCACAUCCAAACGACUGAGCGGCUACAACUCGGUCAUCCCCACGCCGAAACCCUUCAAAGCCUCACCCGACAUGCACNNCCCCCUGAAACGACGAUACGAACCGGUUCUGCUCGACAGAUANCCCCCGAGAGCCCAAGACGACGAGAUGAAGCGAAGAUGCCCUUUUCCCGAUUACGUACCCAUGUUUGCCUUUCCCAACGACGUUGUGGUCGUCUCGGCCGACGAGCGACCAAGAUCGACCUGGCACGGCUUUGCCAUGACAACUGGAGACGGUUCCAAACUGCAUGCAAUCUGUGUCACGGUAUGGAUGCCAUUGAACGAAUCGGCGUCGGUCGAACUCGAGCGACAGUGCGAGGCAUGGCGAAAGGCAAACAUGAGCGAUGAAGAGAGGGAAUUGGCUAGUAGCUUGGGAGAACGAUUGGCAGCUGAGAGAGCAAAACUUUCGAGACUGCUCGCCGAACUCCCCAACGCUGUUCAAGGCUCGGCUGAGAGAGAGACGCUCGACGACCAGAUCAGUGCAGUCGAGGAGAAAAUCUCUCUCAUGGCCGACUUGUUGCGGCCCGUACGACAUGGAGCUGCUUCCAAAAUCGAAGGUCUUACUGAUGGCGAGAGUGGCUUCUGGAUUCCGCGAUGCUAUGGUGUGCUCGGCAAAGAUGGCAACAUGACAAGUUUCUGGAAAGAGUGGCUCAAGGCUAUUGUUACGCCCAUGACAAACGGUGCCGUACUGCGCGUGCCUCCGAGCUCUCCCAAGAUCGGCAUGUGGCUGCCGCUCGAACGAUACGUCGUUAACUUGUGCGUUGAGGCUCCAAGCCCUAUGUCUUCCAGCACUCAGAUCGAAGUCGCCAUCCGCGAGUUGCGCUUGUACGCCAGAAAAGAGGCCGAGAAUGAGAUUCCUGGCUCACGAAACGCCGACAUUUACGCCCUCUUCCGAUCUCUCUCCUUGAACAACAUUGUCACCUUGUUCGAGUACGUCUUGUCCGAAUCACGCGUUAUCUUGCUCUCAUCGCACACAUCUAUGCUGCAUCUUGCAAGCGCUGCCAUUACUAGCCUGAUCUACCCUCUGAAGUGGGCUGGAGUUUUCAUCCCUGUCCUGCCAGCACGCCUAAUCCAGGCUCUCGAAGCCCCCUGCCCUUACAUUGUUGGUGUAGAGCGAAGAUAUGAGAAUCUUGAAUUUCCCGACGAUGAUUUUGUCCUGGUAGAUCUGGAUCAGGACACAAUCGAGAGCACAGCUAGACCAACGCUCCUACCUCGUCAACAGCGCAGAAAACUCAUCGCUUCGCUACAGGUAGUCGCACCCCACCAUAUACGUUAUGGUGUGCCGGUCGGUCCUCCCUCGUACGCCAUGGAGACUUUCCCGAACGACGCCUUUUCUUCCGAGAACCCUCAAAUUUACAACCAGAGAGCUACUCCUUCGAGUUUGGCAUCUUUGGUUGGUGCUAAUUCUGCCGCUUUUGCAGAACUGCCUGUGCCUACGCAGAACCGCAACAUCAUCCUCAACGCCUUCCUCAACUUUAGCACCACCUCGCGAGGAAGUGACCGCCCGUCAACGAGCUCAACGACAAGAGAAGACCGCCGAUCCUCAUCUACCAGAUCUCCGCCAUCUCCUACCGUUCCUUCCCCCUUGUCGCAGACCUUCCCCACCACUCCCGUCUCUCGCAACGACUCGGGCUACAGCAUGCAGACGUCUCUCCGUGAGAAGCGCUCUGCGCAUUUCGAUGUAGCGAGCAGGCGCAACUCUUCCUUCGGAUUCGAUCGCAUGGCCAACCUCAGAAGACCUAGCGCCGCUAACGGCAGUCAACCCUUCAUCAGUCAUAACAGCAGCAUGUCAACCUCGACUCUGGCAAAUUCCGCCGGUUACGCACCCUCCGUUUAUGCACCGUCCACCCUUGCCGCCUCUACCAUUAUGCCGAACGCCGUUCAGCCCUCGUGCCCUCGCGACACCGAAACUACCAAAUGGGUCGAGGGCCACUGCCUGGUCUGGCGCCCACGUGAAGAGAAGACGUACUGCAGCAUCUGCGACGAGAAAUGUGAAGAUGGUGUCUACCGCUGCGGUGGUUGCAACACCAGCGUGCAUCCACGCUGUCUGCACCAAAUUCCGGUCGUGUGUCCUCUCGCUUUCCGACCUGAAGCCGUUCGUGCAGUCUUUGUCCGCUGCUUCGCCUCGCUUCUCUACACCUACCGUCGCUUCAUGCACCCUGCAUCAGGUGAGCGCAGGAAAGCAGGCAUGGUUUAUCACUUCAACAUGGAUCAAUUCAUCCGUAGUGUGCCUGGCGAAGCAACUGAAUACAUCACCAUGAUGCGUGAGACUCAGAUGUUUAACGAGUUUAUCCACGAGCGUGAGUCCACUCGUGCCGAGAACCCGUCUAUCAAGCUCUUCGACGAGAUCAUCCUUGCCAAGCGAAACAGGGGUCGUGGCUCUAUCUUCUCUAAGCAUAACACCUCUUGGUUGUUCGAUACUUCGGAGCACUUAUGGCGUUCCGCCUCGACUGCAGCACCGAACUCUCGCUUCCCCGGUGACUAUCGCCAGGUUGUUAGUAGAGUCCCGGCGAAACUGGACACCGCUCUUAUGAAGGAGCCUAGAGCCGUACAAGGCCUGCCUCGGCCACAAACACGCACAAAGCGCAAGCCUAUACCCUCCAUGAUGGGUUUGAGUGUUGACGAAGAACAACCCGCAUGA